AUGCACAAAUGCAUUCCAAGUUUGCUCAGUGACACCGGCGGCUGCUGUCAGAAGACGGUGUCAAAUAUAAUAAGGCGUGUCGUGGAUGCACUGGUGCAUCCUGACAUCCUCCAACAGUUUAUUAAAUUUAAACCCGAGGAUGAGCAGUGGUGCCGAGCGAGAUCGAAUGAGUUCGCAAGGACAGGAAAGAUGUCCAAUGUGAUCGGAGCCGUGGAUGGCACACUGGUCCGUAUUAGGACACCGGCUGUUGACGGAUAUCAGUAUGUGAGCAGGAAGGGAACGUCUUGCCUCAACGUCUGCGUUAUUGCAGACGCUGUGGGUCGAAUCCUGUACGUCAACACCGGGUCCCCAGGAUCAGUGCACGACGCUACCGUUUGGCGUAACUCCUCUCCUGCAGCAGUGUUUAACAGUGGAGGAGCUGUAGGAGGUUAUCGCCUUCUCGGCGAUUCGGGCAAUCAUAUGAAGUUUGCUCAUGUGGAAAUGCUUGCCUACUCGGACUCCAUGACGCACCAUUGGGCCGUCUUUCUCACUGUACAGGAAAGCGAGUGA